AUGGCGCGUAAUCCCUCCCGCUCACAGCGGCGCCGAAACAAGCAUCAGGCCGGAGCAGCUGCCGCACCUCAUCGGCAUCAUCAUCAACAACAACGACAGCAACGACAGCAACAACAGCAACAACAGCAACAACAGCAACAACAACAGAUCGAGCCGCGUAUCCGCUGCACUGUCUGCCUCGUCGAGUAUCCGCACAAGUUGUUCAACAGGGUCGAUCGCAGGAAGCACGCUCCGCGUCCCGUCUGCAGGCCUUGCAAGACAAGUGCCAUCAUCGAAGAUGCCGAACUUCGAAUGCUCUGCGACGAGUAUCAAAACGAUCAUGAAGACGACCAAGACGAGGUCAUCAUCCCUGAGUGUAUGGCUGAUGAGGAAGAGCUUCAUCGCGACUUUGAGGACCUCGCCCCGGAAGAGCAGCGAGCCAAACUGAGCGCGCGCGACCAACUCGCCACCGUCACUGGCAAAUUCCUCAGCGCCACCAGGCUCGCAGAGAGCCGCCUCCGCUUCCGUCGCCGCGUCCGCCCCGCCAGCGAGCUCAUGCUCGAGCGCGAGAUCCUCCGCUUCCGAUGGCUCGCCGAAAACCUGCCGUUCAUGUCCCAAGACGACCGCGUCAAGCGGGAGCAGCAACUCGUUCAGAUCCGCUACCUCAACAGCAUCGCAGCCAUGCAGCUCGAACCGGAUCUCCUGCCGCAAGCACAAUUCCUCCUCUCGCUCGACCUCGCCGCCACGUCCGACGACGACAACAAUGCCGACAACGUCGACGACGAGCUCGAGCGCGCCACCGAGCUGCUCGCACUCAUGCGUCUGCCCGAACGCGAUGCCAUCGAGCAGGCGCAGCUGAAUCGCGAGCGCCAGCUCAUCACCACCAACAACCGCAACCAACUUCGCCACCAACGCCAGCUGGCGCACCAACUCGCUCAACAAGACGCCGACCAGCUCGCCCAAAUCUUCCAGCGCAGCCUCGCGCUCACCGCCGACGACGACCGCUCCUCGCAGCCCGCCAAAGCUCCGCCCACCUUUACCGCCGUCGCCAACUUGGCCGCCGUCAAGGCACAGCUCGCUGCCACCACCUCUUCUUCCACCACCGCCACCUCGCCUCCAUCCGCACCCUCGGUCUCUGCCCGCACCGGCGCCGACUCGCCCACUCCGAGCCCGCGUCCCGCCAAGCGCCCACGCAGCCAGCGCGAGACUCCCGUCGACCCCCGCCUCGAAAUGUUUGAGCGCAGGCGCCAGGCACUCUUGCGUCGCCAAGACGAAUCCAGCCCCACUCCUCAACUGUGA